AUGUCGACGUUCGUACGAAAGGCAGAGAAAGCGAUCACGAGCGAACAGCCGAAUCGAGACAGUUCAUUCAAUCAUGAAACUCAUACUCCAGACCUGGAUCCUGGUAAUAAAGCCGACACAGAAAUGACCAGUGGUAAAGGUGUGACAGCUAUUGACACAGAGACCAUUGUAGCGCAAAAGUUGACCUGUCUAGAAACUCAUGAGGCGAAUUCCAGCAGUUUUGCUGGCGAUGCUCAUCACGAUUUAGUCAGGCACUACGGCAGUAAAGAGGAUACUGGCCUACAUGGCUCCAAAAUCGCAAAUAAACUCGACCCUCGGGUGGAUCCCAACAGCAAUAUUCCGGGUUGGAUGAUCGUCUGA